AUGUCAGUCCUCGAAGGAUUAACUUCCACCUUGGCACAACUUGCCAAGGCUUCAGAGACACAAACAGCAAUGCUGGCUACUCUCAAGGAAGACCUUCUCCUUGGUACUGACUCAGACGAGGAUGGAGAGGCCGUUCAGAGCCUAAAUGACAGCGUUGACCUCAACGCCGCCUUAACUGAUGUGCUCGACCCGAGCGACACGCAUACCAGUACGACCGUGGCGGCGAAACCUGCAUCAUGCCCUGACUCAGGGUCGCAGGAUGACAUUUUGGAAAGCCUGACUCAGGCAUUUGUGCAAACCAAAGAGAAAUCUCCUGCGAUAGCAGAAAAAAAUGCUGGUUUAAUUGACAACAUGGUUACUGGAGGUCUCUCACCAAACACAAUCAAAGAACGAGUUGAAAAAUAUCCUCCUCCAGAAAAUUGUAAAUUCCUGUCCACCACCACCGUCAACGAAGAAAUUUGGGAUUUGCUGCCACGACGCAGCAGAACGGUUGACCUAGCUUUCCAGCGAGUUCAAGAACCGCUUGUUCAGGGUUUGUCAGCCCUGUUUAUUUUAGGAGACCAGUUGGUAAAGGACCUGAACGCUGGCAAAACAUUAAAUACACGUUAAAUCUUGGAUCACGUGAUGGAUAGCAUUGCUCUUCUAGCUAAUGCCAAUUUUAAACUCAAUAUGGCACGGCGAGGGUUGAUAAAACCGGAACUUAACCCUCCAUACACCAGGCUGUGUAAAGAUUGAAAUUAAACCUUCAACAAAAUUGUUUGGAGAUGAUUUAUCCAAACAUCUGAAGGAUAUGGCUGAGGCAAAGAAAGUUGGCCGACAAAUGCAGAAAACUUCUGAAACUUGAACGGCAAGUCAAGGCUAUUUCAAGGCAGGACGGCAGAAAUUUCGCCGUCCAAACUUUAAACCUUAUGACAGACCAUCCCGUCAGAAAACUUCUCAGCAGCGUCCUUUUUUAGGCUACAGCCGGGCACAGAAGAGUGCCCAGAAAAAGCCAAGUCAACCCACCAACAAAACCCAGUAGAAACAGAG